UCUAGAGUAUUGUCAAUUUCGGGUUAGUUUUUGGUGCUUCAGUUGGUAGUCGCCAAUUUUUUUCGGGUUUUCAAAGCUAAAAACUUUAAAUAUCUUAGCAUUGCUUAGUGUAAAAUGUUAAUCUGUUGUUAAAUUAGGUUUAUGUAUAACAUCUGCGUGAUACUGUAACUGUAACUUCUUAUUAGGGCUCAAAACCUAAUUUUGUAAGAUCGCUUAUUUGUGGCUCAGUGUGCUGUGUUUAUCCCUCAUGCUGUGAUAUUUCGCCGCUUUUUAAGUUCUACAAUGGACAUCGACGUUAGCAAAGAGAAUAUUCAGCCACUAAGAGGUGGUAGAAACCUUGUGCAGUUGGGUACAGCGUUGCAAGCUCAGUCGGAUGUUGAGGCUCAGAGACAGCUGCAGUUACAAAAAGAAGAGCAUGAAGCAGCUAUCAGACACUACCAGGGUACAGAUCCCUUGGAUCCUUGGUUUAACUACAUCCAGUGGGUUGAACAGUCUUACCCCAAACAUGGACAUGAAGGGCACAUAGAUAAGUUAAUUAAAGACUGUCUACAGUUAUUUGAAAAUGAAAAGAAGUACUAUCAAGAUAGAAGAUUUGUCAAAUUGUGGAUCAAAUAUGUUGACUGUCUAUCCAACCCUUUGGAGAUAUACCAAAGGUUGUACACCACUGGUAUUGGUGUGGAAUGUGCAGAAUUCUACCGUGCUUGGGCAUGUUACUGUGAAGAAUCAAGCGACUAUAAGAAAGCUAACCAAGUGUACAUGUUAGGUCUUCAAGCUAAAGCACAACCUUUGGAUGAACUUGAGCAAGCGCAUAUGAACUUUCAACUAUUCUUUGCUCAGAGAAUGUUACACGAUGAUUCACCAACAAAAAGGAAGGCAGCAUCAGCAUUGGCGGAGACCAGAAUGGCUCUAACAUCACUGAAGUCGUUCAAACGGCGCAACAUAGCUAAUGUGCCCGUUCAAAGAGUUGGGGACAGUGUCCGUAGUGUGGUGCCUGGUGUGGUGCGGCAACAAGGGAACUUUGACAACCGGCUGCCCAACUCCAAUGUUAUGGUCAAUGUCUAUGAGGAUGCGCCGUCGACGUCACAAGCAGCUAUACCAGUCGCGGAAGACCCAGGUCCCGCGUCACUGGUCCAGGCUUGCAGUAACGUUGAAAAUCAGAAGGAAGUCGGUAUGUGGACAAACCCGAAGACUAAAAUGGUACACACAAACGUCGUACCGCAUCAACCUUUAGCAUUUACACCGUAUGAAGACGAAGAUGACGUCUUAAGGCUUCCAGCCAAUCACAUGCCUUAUUGCAUGGACAAUUUAUCAUUUACUGUGCCUCUAUGUGUACCUGAUCCUCCAGAUUCAACGAAAAUACCUUGUUACAAUAAACCACAGGUUUAUGUGAAUGACCAAGAAUACAGCUUAGAAGAAAUAAGAUCUAGAAAAUAUAAUUUAGAAAAGAAUGUAAAGACUGAAAACAUUGAAAUGGUUGGAGCUCAGCAAAAUUAUGAAAAUAUUAAUGAGACACUUGCCCAGUGUAGUGCUUUAGAAACUUUAGCUAAUUGUGCCCUAGAUCCGGAACAAGAUCAUUUAGGGCAGCUGAUGCCUUUGACAAUCCCAACAUUACAAAAUAUCACAAAAGUCAACAACAUGCAUUCUCCGGGUGAACCAAAAGUACUAGUUAACUUGGAUUCUAAAGAAUUCAGUGAAUUGACUUCUAAGAAAAGUGAUGACAACUACAAACCUACAUCAAGUAUGUCUGAUAAAGAGAAUGAAAUGCUGACUCCUGCAAGUAACAAUUAUGGUAAUGAAAAUGCGGGUACUAACUUUGGUAAGAACAAUUUGAUGGAGGAGUUCAACAGGAGUUUGAUGGGUAACCUACUCGGUGACUCUGUUACUGUGAAUACAAAGGAAGCGAGAUGGGAGCUAAGGAACCUUUUCAAUGACAAUGAACCAUCAAUAGUCCAGCCAGUAGUGCAACAGUUUGAAGUUCCAAACUUCGAUAUACAUGAAGAUAGGUCUAUAACUAUGGCUAUCAAUACUAAGAAGAAACAAGAACUUGCGGAAAUGAAACCUCUUCCGCAAGACAAAGAAAACGCGAGUAAAUUUCCUGCACCAGCUACUGUUGCACAGCAAAGUGUUAAUAAGACUGCAUUCUAUGAAGAACCUUCCUGUACUCAAGUAUUUAACUUCAACAUAAAAGACGCUAGCACACCAAACAUGUCGCAAUUCAAGAAGCCCUCAUCUUGUAUUGACCAGAGUAAAUUCCCGUCUGUACCAAAGUUUAGUAUGGACGAGAGUGGCAUAGAACAUCUUGAUGCUGGCCUCACGAAGAGAGAAGAGAGCUGUAGACAGCAUGUGACAGAUCAACAUGCAACUGUGGAUAAUCAGGGCGCAGGUCUCUCUGUGAUAAUGGAAGCCACGAGGGAAUAUAACAGCAAAUCUGGCUCAAGUUCCUCCGGGCAAUCAACCAGAACUAAUUUUACUGCAUAUACAACGAAUUACGACUCUAUGUAUAAUAACGAUCCAUCACAACAACCUACAACAUCAAAAAGAAGUUCCAUGUCUUCACAGCCGAGGCUGUUGAAUGGACAGUUUGCUAGAAGUCAUCCUCAAAAGCGCGAUAUGCCGGAGAACAAAGCUGCGACACCGUCCACCUCAGUGCCUUACCUCUCCCAUGAUCAUCAGUAUCAGAAGCCAAUGCCGCAAAAUUACAACGGCUACUCUCCGCGUUCGAUGCACCCGCACUUCCAACAAAACUACAGUUAUCAACAAAACUACUCUAGUAAUCAAAUGAUGGGACAGCAGCAACAACAACAGGGUUAUGCAAGCCCUAGUUCUAAUGCCUAUCACAGUCCUCAACAUUCUGGCAUGCAGAGCCCUCAUGCUAUGGGCUCAAACGUGGCGCCAGGUUUCGGUAGCCCACCGUACCCUAAUCAAGUGGGCUAUCAUAGUCCAGGUCAGGCAAUGAUGAGCCCUCAAUCUAAUUAUGCUGGACGUCAAGAUUAUCACUAUCCUAGUCAGACUGACAGGCAGCACAUCUAUGUAAACCAACAACAACAACAGCAGCAACAUCAACAACAGCAGCAGCAACAUCAACAACAACAACAGCAGCAGCAGCAGCAGCAGCAUCAUCAACAACAACAGCAACAGCAACAACAGCUGCAGCAUCAACAGCAACAACAACACCACCAACAGCAACAACAUCACCAACAGCAACAACAGCACCAACAACAACAGCAGCAACAACAAGCUGCUGUCUUUCAAAGCCCUCCUCAUCAGACUCAAUAUCAGAGCCCACAAUACUACCAGAGACCAACUCCAGUUGGUGCACCACAAAAUCCAGGAUACAACCAACAAGGAUAUAUGCAUAAUCAAUACAACAGUCCAAAUGCUUAUGCCAAUCAUCCUAACAAUCAAAAUUACAAUUCAAUGCAAGGUCAAUACAGGCAGCAUCCUAAACAAAUGGUUGAAAAUGCCUCAGGUGGUUAUGGUUCGUCCAAUAACCAACAAUUCCAGAUAUAUCAAAGCCCACAAGCCUCUCAAAACAACUACCGAAGUCCGGCUACACACGGCGCUGGUGGCCAGGCAGAAUCUAACGAUAUGCAUAUGAGACGAGAGAGCAAAGACGCUUCUGGGGCUGAUCAAAAUGUCUCAAACAAAAUGAAUUCGUCGAAGACAUCACAAGCUCACAAGAGUCCUACUUCUGCUUUGAGAAACGUCAGACAUGACCAGCCUAAUGUCAAGAUUGGUCAGAACUCGCCUGACAUUGGCUUCUCAAACCAGUACCUGAACUUCAUUUCUAACAGAAAUGAACCUAAAGAUAACGCUAACACUCCCAAGUUUACUAACAGCCCUAGCAUAUCUCAGAAGAUGCACAAGAACUUGUAUGUGUCCAGCCCCGAGCAGGCUCAGAUACCUCCGUCAUCUGGUAUGUCCGACUCUGACAGUAAGGAUGGAAUGACAGCACAAACUGUCACACCAAUCCAGUCAGCUAAAGUUUCUCAUGCUAUUGAGAAACAAAAGGAUAUCUCUAAGAGGCAGUUAGACUUUGAACACAGAGUUGAAUUUCAAUCUGAAGACAGCAGAGACUCUGUCAGCAAAGAGAGCAGGAUCUCAUCAGUGUACUCUAGACAGUCAGAUGUACAUUCUGAUAUUUAUGGGAUGGAUGUGGACAGUGAGAAUUCUAUGGAAUGUGCAGCAUUUAAAUCUACACAUUCCAUCUCGUUGGUGGAGACCAGUGACAUACCCAGACCAGCUGAUAUUGAAUUCCCAGCGAUAAUCGAUCCAUUUAGUAAAAAACUUCUUAACUCUUUGUUGGAAUAUGUGAAGUUUCCAAACAAAACUCAUGCAGACGGGUAUGUAGAAGUGCGUAGUGUUCCUAAAUUCCAACUGUCCACUGCAGUGACUGUUGGGCAUACAAAGUUCUCGGUAGACAAACAGCUGGGCAAAGGGAACUACGGCGCAGUAUUCCUGUGUCUUGAUUUACAUCACAACAAGUCUGUAGCUGCGAAAUAUCAAAAACCGAGUCGACCUUGGGAGUUCUACAUCUGUCAAGAAAUCAAAGCUAGAAUAAAGGAUCCAUUCAUGCUUCCUGGAUACAUGGACAUAACAACAGCAUUCUUAGGAGAUAAUGCGAGUUUAUUUGUUUCUGAAUAUUCCAAAUACGGAUCCCUUUUAGACGUCGCUAAUAAAAUUAGAGCUGCCACCUCUAAAUGUAUAAAUGAAUUUAUCGUCAUCUUACUGACGUCAGAGAUGCUCUCGAUAAUACAUUAUCUGCAUAAGGCCAAGAUUAUUCACGCCGACAUCAAGCCAGACAAUUUUCUUCUGAUGAAAAUCCCAACCCAAGAAUGGCGAACUCCGUCUUUGCAGUUGAUUGAUCUUGGUUGCGCUAUAGACAUGUCCCUAUUUCCAGAGGGCACCACAUUCAGAGAGUUGAUUGCCACAGAAGGCUUCACAUGUACCGAGAUGAGGGAAGGCAAGCCUUGGACUUACCAGACCGACCUGUACUGUCUCGCUGGAACCAUCCAUGUGAUCUUGAUGGGCAGCUAUAUGAAAGUAGCUAAUCGCUUAGGGCAAUGGAAUAUUGACAAGAAACUUCCUAGGUACAUGAAAGUGAGUCUGUGGGACAAGAUAUUUACGACUCUCCUGAACAUCCCGGACUGCAACAACCUGCCAGACUUGAUGGAGCUUAAGAAUGAAGUGGACAGUGUGCUGAAUGAAAUCGAUAACCUAGGCUUUCAACUACGCAACUUUGCUAAUGUGCUUAAAUCUAGGUAAAUAACGUAAACGAUUCAGAUUGUAUGUAUUUAUUGCAUUUAGAUAUAAUGGCGAUUGUAAAAACUAGAUACCUAAAUAUGUAUUAUUAUAGUGAUACAAAUAUAUCAGAGUUCGGUGAACUUCUUGAAUCUUUUGCCAGGUUGAACAUUGCUCUUCUCAUUAAGCAAUAAUAAGUAUUAUAAAUACCAGAAUCUAUAACUUAGUUAUAACAUGCCUUGUUGUGUUUAGUUAAAAUGUGAUAUUGUGAUUUUUAGGUUUUUUUUGUUUGUGUAAUAAUGAAAUUGGCUUAGAUUAACUUGUUAGCUUAACUAAUGUUGAAAUAUUACUUAGGUUUCAUUUAUUUUUGUACAACCCAUAAGACUUGCACACUUUCACAUCUCUUGUUUGAAUUGUAACAAAGAUAAUAAAUAAAUACCUGGUUAAAAUUA